GUCGUCAGCCGAGUGAUCGGCGAUUGGCCAGAUGCCGUAAGUGGGUUCGGCCACCUGGCUGGCCAUUCCACAUCGUGAUGGCGACGCUGAGCACGCCGCGGCUGCCGAUGGUGGCCGGGACUGUCCACGCGAUGCACAUGCACCACGUCGUGUUCAAGAUGGAAAUGGCGAAACGCGCGGCCGCCGCCAACAAAGUGAUGCUGCGACAAGCCACGCGGCGCAACCGCAGCAAGCUCAACCAACGCCGGUACCGGGCGCAGCAAAAGCACACGACGGAUCGGCUCGAGUGCACGAUCGAGACGCUGCGGACAGAGAUUGCGCGGUUGGAGGGCCGCGUCGACGUCAUGCGCCUCGCCGUCCCUCCCUCGCUCCACACGCUCGACCCAGAGUGCAACCUGAGCAAGGAAUACUUUCGCCUGUUUGCGCACGGGUAUUGCGUCGACCCAGCGCGGUCCGAGCACCGCACCCACGUCGACUUUUUAACGAGCAUCACGACCGACGACCUCGUGUUCAUGGGGUGUGUCGGCCGCGACAAACUGUUUGAGCAGUGCAUGCUGUACGUGACCACGUUCGAAUCGUACGCGAUCGAACUGCACCGCCUCCACGUCGCGGCGUAUGCGCCAAACGUUGUAUUGCACGCGGAAUCGACGCUGCAUCUACGCAUAUCCCGUGACUCGAUUCGAUUCCUUGUCCCCCGCCUCUUGGAGAACGAGGCGCUGGUCCAGAAAAUGGUGGGCCGCGUGCUGCACUUGCCGUUGCAUCGGCGGUUCGUGUUUGGAAGCGACCUCAAGGUCCAAGAACUUGGCACGACCGCCGACACGACCCAGGCGCUUGUCAACCUCCUCGGCAACCUCGAAGACACACUGACGGUGCUGCGCGACUUUCAGAUUUGCGAAGACGCUCAGCUCAAGCCUCUCCCACCCCCAGCCGACACCCGUAACGGGAAUUGACAACACCACGUAUGCAUAUCGUGCGAAGCUAGCACAGGUCCACCGCGUCGAUCCAUCUCAUGGGUUUUUCGACUUGCGUUUUGUUUACCACACUGGCUCACACUGGCAUCGAGUGCACGGUUGGUGCCUCCGCUGGAAAUGGAAGCACCCCGUGCCCUUGUGAGCGAACGGAUUCGGCAUCGCCGUGUCGACGGCCGGGAAUAUCUUUGGUCACAAGAACGAGUCUGCAAGCAGCGCUGUCCUGCGCUGGGAAGCGCCGCCCCCCCUGUAACUUGCCUGUGUGUUGCACACACUGUCGUUCCAUUCUGGCGUGACGUGAGGUGGAUGUCGAAGAUGAGAAUUCAUUUAUCUUUCAGGGGAAAUAUGAAUGGAAAACGAUUUUUCGUUCCAUU